UAAUUGCUCAUGUAACGCCAUUUCAAUUUCAUCAACAGUGUAUUUCCGUGCUAUGACGUUGAACGAAGACAAAAUCAAUUAUAAUUGAGAUUAACGGCUGAUUCACAUCCGGUCAUAAUUGGCAGUCCCAUAGGGCGGCGCUUAAUUGGCCCAGGGUCGUCCGGGAUAGGCCGUCAUUGUAAUUAAGAAUUUGUUCUUAGCUGACUUGCCUAGUUAAAUAAAACAUAAACGUCAGCUGGCUUCCUGAUUUAAAUACAUGUAGAUUAGUUAGCUGGCUAGCAAGCUAAUAACAGCCUCGAUUCAAGUGAGAAUACAGCAGAGAAACAUGGAGGAGUCAGCAAGCACCAUAGAGGUUACAGUGAAGACCCUGGACUCCCGGAGCAGGAGCUACACUGUCCGGAGAGAGUUGACAUUGAAGAGGUUCAAAGAACACAUAUCUGCGUCAGUGGAUAUCCCAGUGGAAAAGCAGAGACUAAUCUACCAGGGUAGAGUGCUGCAGGACGAGAGGACGCUGAAUGACUACAAUGUAGCUGAUAAGGUGAUCCACCUAGUGGAGCGUGCUCCUCCUCAGACCUCCCAAUCUGCUGGCGGGCGAGGAAGAGUGUCAUCAGGAGGAACAGAGGGAGGUGCCACCUCCUCCUCCCAGGGAGGCUCCCAGGACCGCAACGUGAACAGCUACGUCAUGCUGGGAACCUUCAACCUGCCCGUCAACAUCAUGAACCCCCAGCAGAUACAGAUGCAAGUGCAGCAGAUGAUGGCAGGAGUGGGAGAAGCAGGAAGGAAUACCAGACGCAAUGGCUCAAUAGAUAUGCAUAUCAACGUUGACCAAUCAGUGCAGAGCGAGCCCAGGAUGAGGCUGCAGUUGGCUGAGAACAUGCUAAGAGAAACCCAAUCUCUGCUCCACAGACUGGAGGGUCAGCCCAGUGACGUGCCAUCUCGAGCCGAGCCGGAGACAUCUCAGUCCACAUCUUCAUCUUCCUCCUCAGCUGCCACUAAAGGAGCAGCACAGCCUAUGGACACCCCUCUUGCUCCACCACCUCCCCCUCCCACCUCCUCCACCCAGACAGAGGGACCACCCCACUCCGGGCCCAACCCAGCGGAGCUGGUGGAGGUUUUGUCAGAGGUGAGGAGGGUGGAGGAGAGGCUGGGUCCCUUCAUAGAGAGAACUAACUCCAUCCUGGGAGCUGCCACUUCAGCGGACUACAUCAACAACACCCAGGAGAGCGAGGAGGACCAGCACGUUCUCAACCUGGUCGGGGAGGCUCUCCGUCUCCUUGGCAACACUCUGAUUGCCCUUAGCGACCUGCGUUGUAACCUGGCCACUCCUUCCCCCCGUCACCUCCACGUGGUUCGGCCCAUGUCCCACUACGGCUCCCCCGUCCUGCUGCAAGGUGGUAUGCCCCACCAUGUCCCGAGAAACCUGGGGACCACAGUGACUAUGACAUCCAAUGGGAGGCAGGCAGCUGAGGGCCUAGCCCAACCUUCUCAGGCCCCUGGCCCACCAGAGAGCCAGGCCCUCCCUCCACAGCCCAACUCCGCCAAUCAGCAGCCAGGUCAGGGCCAGGGGGCUCCGCAUGUGAUCAGAAUCACCCACCAGACCAUGGAGCCUGUGAUAAUGAUGCAGAUGAACCUGGAUGAUUCUGGCAGCAGCCCUCAGGUCCAAGGACAACAGAUCCCUAUUGGUACUGGACAGUCUGGUGCCACUCCGGUCCACAUCCCAGACCUUCCUCCAGAGUUCAUGCAGGUCAUCGUCCACCAGAUCUCUCAGCAGACCGGGCAACCAGGAGUAGGUGUCCCCGGGACCACCUCCAGCUCUGAACCCUCUGCCCCUCACAGCCUUCUGCCCCCUGGGGCCAGGGUGGUGGUUACACACCCCUCCUCCUCCCCCCACAUCCCCCAGCCUGUGGUCAUCAACCUCGGGGCUUCAGUACCCUCUACUGGUGGACAACACAACCUACAGGGCACACCUCCGGCUCACUCUCCCGUAAGUCAGAUGAUCAGUGGUCUGGUUGGACAGCUCCUGAUGCCUGGACAACAGAUGCCUGGACACCAGGUCUUUCUUUCAGGUGACCAGACAUCCACCAGCUCCUCUUUAUCCACCUCCUCCAACCCAGUCCCUCCCCUGCCCUCUGGGGAGACCACCUCUGGCCAGACCACCACCUCUGUGGGCCAGCCAUCGGAGGGGGUUGCCGAGGCCAACCUAGCCCAGCUCCUGGGCUCCCUUCUGGGUGGUUCAGGCGGGCCAGGAGCCCCUGGUUCUGGAGCUAACCCACAAAUUACUGUGACCGUACCUGGAGUCCCAGGGUUCUUCCAUGGCAUGUCAGAAUUCACCCAGGCUAACCGACCCACAACCUCACCUGGCCAGGAGCCUCCCCCUGGCCAAGGCACCCCUGCCCCCCCUCAGGUGGCCCCUGGGGGUGUAGGGGACCCCUCCCUGAGCCCGGAGCUGUUUACAGGUAUUGUCCAGGGGGUCCUCUCCACCAUGAUGGGGGCUCCGCAGGGGAACGGGGAGAGCAUCGCUCAGUUCAUCCAGAGACUGUCUCAGACCACCAACCUCUUCACACCUGGAUCUGGGGAUGCAGUCGGGUUCUUCGGGGACCUGUUGUCUCUGGUGGGUCACAGUUUCUCCAUGGUGGACAUGGUGUUGUUACUCCACGGUAACGCCCAGCCAAUCAGCCGGAUCCAGUCCCAGCUCACUGACUUCUUCAACCAGCACUACCUGCAGGGUCCAGAGCCUACUGAUGCCAAUAUCAACGCAGCAUCUGAGGACCUCAUCAAUGGCCUGGAGGAGUACAUAACAGAGAGCUUUGUAAGACUCACUCACUCUCAAUUUGUCACUAUGUUGAAUGCUGUAAUAAUACUGUACCCCGGUCUCCCUCAGGCCACAGUGACAGUGAGAGAGGGAGUGGACAUCAUUCAAACCAACAUUGCUUUCCUUAGACAGCAGUUCACCUGCAUGGCCACGCAUAUCCUACGCUGCACAGACCACACGUUUGGCCACCGCCUGCUGCUGCUCUGCACCCAGGGUCUGUUUGAGUGUCUGGCUCUCAACCUUUACUGUCUCCGAGGGGAACAGGGAGCUCUCACCCAAGUCUUCAAUCACCACAUCAGGAGGAUGUCAGCAGAGGUCAACCCCAGCCUGGUCAACUGGCUGACUAGUAUAUUGACCAUGAGACUCCACGUCAUCCUGGAGCACAACCCAGUCACUGAGGACCACAUCCAGCACUAUGUCAUCCACACACGGAGAGCAGAGCCUGAGGCACAGGCUGGACAGCAGACAAGCACACAGAACAUGGUGAUGGCUGAAGGUCUGUCCCCAGCCACCACAGCAGGGGAGGCCAUGGUUUCAUCAGGGGACAGACAGGAAGUUGGAGCGUCCCCCGAGGUGACCACCCCCUCGCAGAGAGCAUCAUCAGGGGAGAUCGGAAGAGCCGUUGCCAUGGCGGCAAGAGGAAGGGAGGAGUCUGUAGGAGAUGUGGAGCCCUGGGCAGCUGCAGUGCCCCCUGAGUGGGUUCCUAUCAUCAGACAUGACAUGCUGUCCCAGAGGAAGAUAACUCAGCCCCCUCUGUCUGACGCAUACCACCAUGGGAUGCCUGCCAAGAGGAGGAAGACUCACCAGGGUGAGGGCCCUCAACUGUCCCUGUCUGUGGCAGUGAGCCGGGCUGCCCGGGCUGCAGGAGCCAUACCUGUCACUAGCCCAGAUAGCCUCCAGGGGGAGCUAGAGGAGCCAGAGCUGCAGGAUGCCUACCAAGAACAGGUGAGGAGUGACAUCAAAGAGAGAGUGAGGGGUGACCAAGACUUCAGCUCCCAGUGUUUCCCCAACACACACCGGGCCUUCUCUCUAGAUGACUCUUAAAUCUUAUUGGUCCUCAGGCUUGUCAACAACUCCAUCUGGCCAAUCAGUUUUUUUUUCCUGGAUGACUUCUAAUCUGUUACCACACCUGUCAAUAAUCACUCACAACCAUGUGAUGUAUCCAGGGGUGUGUUCAUCAUGUCAGCUUGAUUUGGGACAUUUCUGUCUUCAACAUGUAAUGUGCCCCAGACUCCAUUCUGCAACAUUCCCUGCAGGUCUCAUAUCCAAUGAAGGACAAAGAGCUAAGAACACAAACAUGACUUGCUAAGACCCUGCUUUCUCAUUGGGCUGCCACGGAAAAUGCCACUCACUGAAAACCGAGAAGAGCUUUACAACCUGGCUGUCAUCUGUGUGCUAUCUUCCCCAUUUCAACAAACUCAUUCCUAAUUGGUUGUCAUCUGUAUGUCCUGUUGGCCUUAUGAGGCUUUAACUUGUAAAUGAGCGCAAAUUGUACAUUGUAUUAAGAAUGUGAUAAUGCAACAGCUAUUUCUUGGUAAGUUAAUAAAGUAGCAACCUUCCAUUGGCUUUUGUUUUUUUGUGUUUAGCUCAGUAUCCCCACUAGAGGUGAAAGAAGCACUAGCCUGUUUAAACCAGACAACUGUGCUUAUGUAAAACAAUGGUGAGUAUUCAGUCUGGUGUAACCAGGCUAUAUGAUUACCUAUUUACUUUCAAAAUAGGAUGUUAGAGGUUUGGAUGUUAAGGGUGAUUGUAAUCUAGCUGUUUUAAGUGUGACUACGGAGCUCAAUGGUUGUUUAGCCGUCAUAACUGCCAUAAUCAGGACCAUGAUAAAGAGAAACCUUGUUAUAUGCCGUUGUAUUUCUUUCUAGGUGAUUUAUUUCUAGAACCUGACUGUUGUAAAAAGUUGACUGCUCUAUAACUUGAACGUUGCUUUGAAAUAAACAUUUAGUCUGAAUGUAGAAAUGCUAUAGGAAAUUCCUCGACAAGCCACACUUAGUCGUUUAAAAAAAAUCCUGUUUCACUGACUGACCAUUUGGAUCUUUCUGAAAUGCUUAUCUUUCUGAUAUCUAAAUAAGAUUGCAUUUGUCUGGCAGUGUUAAGGUGCUACUAUUUGGUAGGAUGAUACAGGAAUCAGUCAAGGACAGCAGGAGGUACACAUCAGUGGUUUGUUUUAUUCACAUACAGACAGCCAGGUUUCACACCAGCUGUGGGUUAAAUCCUAAAGUAGCAACACUGCACUAGAUAAGAACGAUUGCAUUAAAUCAAAAAAAAAUUCUGAAGUCAUAACACUACUUGAAAGGGGUCAUAACACCUUUACAAGUAUCAUUCAACAGGUUGUAUGCCCCCUUCAAGUAAAUGUUAGAGUAUUAAUGGUAGUGCUAGAGCUAACGUGGCAUGCUGUCACCUAGUUGAGUGAAGCAUACUGUAACAAUGAUGGAAGACUGAGUUGCAUUAACAUGUACAGAUACUCUAUUCUACAAUGAUUCCUUUUCUAUUUAACCAUUCAACUGAAAGUAAACUGUCAUUCCAAUCAAGUGUUCAGGUGCCACUUGUUUUCCAUCAGAAAAUGGUGUCAGUACCGAACUGACAAAUUCACAUUUUUAGAAACCUGAAUCCAGAGUCCUGUCAUGCAACUGUGCUGAGGUCAGGUCCCUCGCAGCCAGUUAGCAAUCAACACGGAAGGACCAUAGCAGUUUAACCAGGGUAGGAUGGGGUUGUUUGUGAAAGUUCAAUCUCAAUGAGAUUGACAUGAAGUUCAUACAGGGACAGACGGACAUCAUGCAUUCAUAUGGCAUAAAGCAACCUAUUCAAUGACGGUACAGAGAUCAUAUGGUCUGUUAGGCCAACUGGCUAUAUAAAAUGUGGUCUUGCCUCAAUACGGGGUUCCUUGGGCUGUGUGCCAACUGUUACAUCAACGAAAACUAUUCAAAGGAAACCAGUGACGUGUGCCCAGUU